UGACGCGCCUUCCCCAGCGCGUGGCGCGUGAUUUGGAGGAGUUUGUGAAUAUAUAGGAGAGUGGCAGAGAGAUGCUUCGUCUGCAUUCCUAGUCCUACCCCAUCUCUGUUUCCGAGCAGGACUGUAACUAUAGCCAACUGAGCUUGUUUCUUCUGAAUUUUAGCUCUGAGGAUUUGCUCUGUGUUGUGUGGUUUUGCGUGGAGAUGGCGGCCAAGGAUGAAGCGAUGGAAGCUCUCAAGAGGGAAGCAGUUGAUUUGGAGAAUGUACCGCUCGAAGAGGUGUUUGAGAAUCUGCGAUGCACGAGAGAGGGGCUUUCGUCGGAAGAUGCUAACAGAAGGCUAGAAAUUUUUGGCCAGAACAAGCUUGAGGAAAAGGAGGAGAGUAAGAUUCUGAAGUUCUUAGGGUUUAUGUGGAAUCCUCUGUCGUGGGUGAUGGAAGCUGCGGCUAUUAUGGCCAUAGCUCUAGCGAACGGAGGAGGGAGACCACCAGAUUGGCAGGAUUUCGUAGGAAUCAUUACUCUCCUUGUAAUAAACUCAACCAUAAGUUUCAUAGAAGAAAACAAUGCUGGAAAUGCUGCUGCUGCUCUCAUGGCUCGUCUUGCACCCAAAGCAAAGGUUCUUCGUGAUGGGCACUGGAACGAGGAAGACGCAGCUGUUCUUGUUCCUGGAGACAUAAUUAGUAUAAAGUUGGGCGAUAUUAUUCCUGCCGAUGCUCGUCUCCUUGAGGGUGAUCCAUUAAAGAUAGACCAGUCUGCUCUGACGGGGGAAUCCCUUCCAGUGACAAAGGGCCCUGGAGAUGGUGUAUACUCUGGUUCUACUGUCAAACAAGGGGAGAUCGAGGCGUUGGUCAUUGCAACAGGUGUCCAUACCUUCUUUGGCAAGGCUGCCCACCUAGUAGACUCGACCAACCAAGUGGGACAUUUUCAGAAGGUCUUAACUGCUAUUGGGAAUUUCUGCAUAUGUUCUAUUGCUGUGGGAAUGGUCAUUGAGAUCAUUGUAAUGUACCCUAUUCAACACCGUGAUUAUCGUCCAGGGAUUGACAAUUUACUUGUGCUUCUUAUUGGAGGAAUUCCAAUUGCAAUGCCAACAGUGUUGUCUGUUACAAUGGCAAUUGGUUCUCAUCGUUUGUCCCAGCAGGGGGCCAUCACUAAAAGAAUGACAGCAAUAGAAGAAAUGGCUGGCAUGGAUGUGCUUUGCAGUGAUAAAACUGGAACUUUGACAUUGAACAAACUAACUGUUGACAAAAAUCUUAUUGAGGUCUUUGUGAAAGGCAUUGAUGCAGAUACUGUUGUAUUAAUGGCUGCCCAAGCCUCUCGAUUGGAAAACCAAGAUGCCAUUGAUGCUGCAAUAGUUGGGAUGCUGGCUGAUCCCAAGGAGGCAAGAGCUGGAAUUCAGGAGGUUCAUUUCUUACCAUUCAAUCCAACCGAUAAGCGGACAGCUUUGACGUACAUCGACAAUGGAGGUAAAAUGCAUCGAGUCAGCAAAGGUGCCCCUGAACAGAUAUUAAAUCUUGCAUACAACAAAUCUGAGAUAGAGCGUAGAGUUCAUUCUGUCAUCGAUAAGUUUGCAGAGCGUGGAUUGCGAUCACUUGCAGUGGCAUACCAGGAAGUUCCUGAAGGAAGGAAGGAGAGUCCUGGAGGUCCAUGGAAAUUUAUAGGACUCAUGCCCCUUUUUGAUCCUCCUAGACAUGACAGUGCUGAGACUAUUAGAAGGGCACUCAAUCUAGGCGUAAACGUUAAAAUGAUCACUGGUGAUCAGCUAGCAAUAGCGAAGGAAACAGGGCGUCGUUUGGGAAUGGGAACCAACAUGUAUCCUUCAUCAUCUUUGCUAGGACAUGACAAAGACGAGUCCAUUGCUGCUUUGCCUAUUGAUGAGUUAAUUGAAAAGGCUGAUGGCUUUGCUGGUGUUUUUCCUGAGCACAAGUAUGAAAUUGUCAAGCGUUUGCAAGCUCGGAAACAUAUAUGUGGGAUGACUGGUGAUGGGGUGAACGAUGCCCCUGCUCUUAAGAAGGCUGAUAUUGGAAUAGCUGUUGCAGAUGCUACUGAUGCUGCUCGAGGUGCAUCUGACAUUGUCCUGACUGAACCUGGUCUAAGCGUUAUCAUCAGUGCUGUGCUAACUAGCCGAGCAAUCUUUCAAAGAAUGAAAAAUUACACGAUAUAUGCUGUUUCCAUCACAAUACGUAUUGUGCUUGGUUUUAUGUUGCUUGCACUCAUAUGGAAGUUUGACUUCCCGCCAUUUAUGGUUCUGAUAAUUGCCAUACUAAAUGACGGUACCAUCAUGACAAUAUCAAAGGAUAGGGUGAAACCAUCUCCUUUACCAGACAGCUGGAAGCUUUCUGAGAUUUUCACAACAGGAGUUGUCCUUGGUGGCUACUUAGCAAUGAUGACAGUCAUUUUCUUCUGGGCUGCGUAUGAUACCGACUUCUUCCCUAGGAUAUUUGGAGUUGAGUCUCUUGAGAAAACUGUUAACCCUGACUUCAGAAAGCUUGCCUCCGCAAUAUAUUUGCAAGUGAGUAUAAUCAGCCAGGCUCUCAUAUUUGUGACAAGGUCCAGAAGUUGGUCCUUUGUUGAGCGUCCAGGGCUUCUUCUUGUUGGGGCUUUCCUCAUUGCGCAGCUUAUUGCUACCCUGAUUUCGGUGUACGCAAACUGGAGCUUUGCUGCAAUAGAAGGGAUAGGCUGGGGUUGGGCUGGAGUUAUAUGGCUCUACAAUAUCAUAUUCUACUUCCCACUUGAUUUAAUCAAAUUCUUCAUCAGAUACGCAUUGAGUGGAAGGGCUUGGGAUCUUGUUAUUGAGCAGAGGAUUGCCUUCACAAGGAAAAAGGAUUUUGGUAAGGAAGACCGGGAACUUAAAUGGGCACAAGCGCAAAGGACACUCCACGGGCUUCAUCCACCUCAGACACAGUUUGGUGAACGUAAUAAUUACAAUGAACUUAAUCAGAUAGCUGAAGAGGCUAAACGACGAGCUGAGAUGGCAAGGCUCAGAGAGUUGCAUACAUUGAAAGGCCAUGUUGAAUCUGUUAUAAAGAUGAAGAAUCUUGACAUAGACACAAUUCAGCAAUCAUACACGGUCUAAGAGCUCUGAGUGCUUUUAAGAUAUAAUCUAGGCUUCAUUGGUUGUGCUCUCUUGUUUCCUUUCAGUCGAGCUCUGAGAUACCAGUCGUCUCUUCCACCGUUUUUUUUUUCUUUUCUUUUAAAGGGGUUGGGGGUCGACAAAAGCACAAGUUAGGGAAUGGAAGGGGACUGCGUAGCUCUUACGGACAAUGCCUACAUGUAUACCUCAAAAUAUUGCUCAUUUUUGUUUUAUAGGUAAUAUGAGAUGCGAAUUCAUACCCCCUCCAUUCUCUCUCUUGAUAAUAUUAUGAUGGUUCCAUAUCUUA